AUGCGCGACCUGACGUCGACGAUCGCGGCGCGGCUGGACGCGCACCUGACGCUGCCGCUGCUGGAGUUCGCGCUCGCGGAGGGCACGCACGAUGCGAAGUCGCUGCGAGAGGCGAAGCUGGCGACGCUGGUGAAGACGAAGAUGUGCGAUUGGGCGGAGGAGGCGCGCGCGGAGGCGAGCGGGUCGGGAUCGGCGGCGGAGGCGAAGGCGAGGCGGGACGCGACGGUGGAGGCGCACGCGGCGCUGGGGAAGGCGGCGGCGCGGGCGGUGAAGUUCGCGAGCGAUGGGGCGCUGAUCAAGAACUUGCGACGGGAUAAGGCGGCGAACGCGAAGUUCGCGGAGGAUAAUCACGGGGUGACGAGCGCGGACGUGGACGCGCUGUACAAGUUUGCCAAGUUUGAGUACGAGUGCGGCGAUUACGAAAACGCCUCGGAGCACUUGGGCGCGGUGCAGUUGUUGAGCGCGGACAACGAGCGGUGCGAGAGCGCGCUGUGGGGGAAGUUCGCGGCGGACAUUUUGUUGCGGAACUGGGGCGGGGCUCUGGACGACAUGAAUAGGUUGCGAGACGCGUUGGAGAGCAACGCGAGCACGAGCAACCUCGUCAAGAUGAAGCAGCGCGCGUGGUUGUUGCAUUACGCCCUGUUCGUCUUCUUCAACCACCCGAACGGUCGCAACUUGAUCAUCGACGUGUUGUUCCAGGAGCGAUACAUGCAAGCGGUGCAACAAGAGGCGCCGCAUUUGUUGCGUUACCUCGCCGUCGCCAUCGUCGCCAACAAGAAGCGCCGCAACAUGCUCAAAGACUUAGUGAAGAUUAUCCAGAGCGACGUGUACGACGAUCCCGCGCUCGACUUCGUCGUCGCGGCCUUCGUCGACUACGACUUCUCCAAGACGCAAGAGAUGCUGAAGAAGUGCGACGCGAUGAUUGAAAAGGAUUUCUUUUUAAUCGGCUGCAAGGACGCGUUUGACGAAAACGCUCGACAGUACGUCAUCGAAAACUACUGCAAGGUGAACAAGCGCAUCGACAUCGCCAACUUGGCGCAAAUGCUCGGUAUGCCCGCCGCCGACGUCGAGGCCACCAUCGCGACUCUCAUCCGCGGCAGUAAGCUCAACGCGCGAAUCGAUUCCGAAGCCGGCUUCGUGCACGUGCACGUCGAGAAGAAAUCCGUCAACGAGCAAAUCAUCGAAAAGACCAAAGCCUUGCUGUCCAAGACCACCGCCCUCACGCAAGCCGUGUUGGCCAACACCCAGGCGCAGGCGUAUUAA